ACCAACCCUAGGCAGGUGGUCCUGGGUGGACCAGUAGAGAGAAUUCCUCUGUGGUCUCUGCUUCAAUUCCCACCUCCAGGCUCCUGCUCUUGCUUCUCCUGAUGGACUAAAACGUGGAAGUAUAAGCUACGCCAGCCCUUUCCUCCUCCAGGCUUUGAAAUAUGUGCAGGGCUGGAGGUGGAGAAGCAGGAAGCGAGGCCUGGCAGAUGAGCAAUGUUUCCUUGGAGACUUGGAUUUGAUUUCAGUUCUGCACAGAAUACCCCUCAGCCUUGUCUGCUUCAUUUUACUUUGUGAGGAGAGAUGCGCGUAUACCCUCUCAGUGCCCAAUCCUUUGAUUAACGAAGUUGGAAUUGGCCAAUGACAGGAGGCUCUGAGGAAGUAUUUGUUGACCCAAAGUAGUAGUUUUCAGCCCUGGGUGAUGACUUGGACACCUUGAAAACCUGUAGAGGAACAGAUAUGUAGAAGAAGAGUGUCCUGGAUGAGACUACAGCUCGGUGGUUGAACACUGAAUGGUACGCAUGAGGUUUCCGUUCCAAGCACCAAGAGCAAAACAAAACCCCAUAAAAACAAUGGAUGUCUUUGCUUGGACAUUUUUCACCCAUGUGACUCAUGAAGUCAGAUGCUGAUAAACACCAAGCCAUACAGCAAGAAGGCUCACAACAGAUGUCCCUCCCUUGAGCUUGAACCUUCAAGGCUCUGGAAUUGUGAACAAAGAAAUUGGUGUGCUUAGAGGAGACCAAUCGGUAGUAUGAAUAAGCAAAAGAAACAGAAGCAGCAACCACCUCCACCUCCUCAGCCCCCUCAGAUUCCAGAAAGUUCUGCAGAUGAAGAGCCAAAGCCAAAAAAGCGGAGGCAAAGGAGGGAGAGAAGGAAGCCUGGGGCCCGGCCAAGGAAGCGGAAAACCAAACAAGCAGUUCCCAUUGUAGACCCUCAAGAACCGGAGAUCAAGCUAAAGUACGCUACCCAGCCACUAGGUAAAACCAAUGCCAAAACCAAGUCUUUCCCCCCUUACAUCCAUGCAGUAAAUAAGGGUGAACUUGGAGCUGUUUGUACAAUCGUCAAUGCUGAAGAAGACGAAGAACAGAUCAAAUUGGUGAGGAGCCGGAAGGGUCAGAGAUCUCUGACCCCUCCCUAUAGCAACACAGGAAGCAAAGUGCUCCCAGCUUCAUCCUUUAUGCUGCAGGGACCUGUGGUAACAGAAUCUUCUGUAGUGGAGCCGGUGGUUUGCUGUCUCUGUGGCAAGGGGGCCGGUUACGGUAACAUGGGUGACCUCUUUGGACCCUUUUAUCCCCAAAAUUAUCCAGCCACUCUUCCGAAGAAUCCACCUCCUAAGAGGUCCACAGAAAUGCAGAGCAAAGUCAAGGUUCGGCACAAAAGUGCUUCUAAGGGUUCUAAAACUGACACUGAGGAGGAGGAGCAACAGCAGCAGCAGAAGGAGCAGAGGAGCCCGGCUGCUCAUCCUAGGUUCAAUCUGCGCCAGCGCUCCAAAGACUCUGCUGGAGGUCCUCGGUCCCUGUCCAGGGGGCGCCCUCGUAAAAAUGUAGCCUCUAAGGGCAACAGUAAAGAGACUGUUUUAGACACAAAGCCCUCUGUACCUGCCUCAUCAAAAGGUGGUCCUGAGCGGGGUGGAGGUCCUCGGUCCCUGUCCAGGGGGCGCCCUCGUAAAAAUGUAGCCUCUAAGGGCAACAGUAAAGAGACUGUUUUAGACACAAAGCCCUCUGUACCUACCACAUCAAAAGGUGGUCCUGAGCGGGAGUGGAGUAGUCCUGAGCGGGGUGGAGGUCCUCGGUCCCUGUCCAGGGGGCGCCCUCGUAAAAACGCAGCCGCUAAGGGCAGCAGUAAAAAGACUGUUUUAGACACAAAGCUCUCUGUACCUACCACUUCAAAAGGUACUAAUAGUUCAAAAACUGACACUCAGGAGCAACAGCAGCAGAAGGAGCAGAGGAGCCUGGCUGCUCAUCCUAGGUUCAAUCUGCGCCAGCGCUCCAAAGACUCUGCUGGAGGUCCUCGGUCCCUGUCCAGGGGUCGCCCUCGUAAAAAUGUAGCCCCUAAGGGCAACAGUAAAGAGACUGUUUUAGACACAAAGCCCUCUGUACCUACCACAUCAAAAGGUGGUCCUGAGUGGGAGUUACAAAUCCCUGAACGACCUCUCCCCAGCAACGAAUUUUGGGUCCAUGAGGAUUGUAUUCUCUGGGCCAAUGGAACCUACUUGGUCUAUGGCAGGCUCUAUGGCCUGCUGGAAGCGCUGGAAAACGCCAGAGAUGUGACAUGCUCCCACUGCCAGAAGGCUGGCGCUACUCUGGGCUGCUACAACAAAGGCUGCACCUUCCGAUACCAUUACCCAUGUGCCAUUGAUGCAGAUUGUUUGCUGAAUGAGGAGAAUUUCUCAGUGAGGUGCCCCAAGCACAAGGUGAGACUGCAGAGACGAGAAGGUGGUGAUGGACAAACAUGACAGAAUGGAAUCCUCCUGUUGAGCAACCAUACCUCACUCUGCUCUACCCUGCACCCCCGCUGCGUCUGCCUAGGCCAGCACUUCCUAUGUUCUCAGGUCACACUCAAACUGGUGACACCACAGGAAAAGAAAGAUACAAGAUGUUGGAAUGGCCGUUUCCAUGGACACAAUCUCCAUUGUGACAAUGUGGGGGAGGGGGAGGGGUGGGCUGAUGGGGAAACGGGGAGUUAAAAGGGAGGGAUAAUAUAUAUCUAUAUAAAUAAAUUUUUAUUAAACUAAUAAAAUUUAUUUUAAAAUAU